AUUCGUCGUUCAUUCAGUUGAGCGCCCGCUUUCGCUUCGGAAGGUCGUUGGUUGUGUGUUUUUGCAUAAGUUGUAUUAUCGCAUCGAGAAAGUAAUAAAUUGUAUCUGUUGAUUAAUGUGUUUUAUAAGCAGCAAUUUUUUCUCAGUGGAAAUAUUAUAAACAAGUGCAGUUAAAAUGUAUUUCGGAGGCGUUGAAGGCGGCGCGACCCACUCAAACUUGGUGAUAUGCGACGGGUCAGGCAGGGUGGUGGGUAGGGCUAAAGGUCCAGGCACCAACCAUUGGACCCUCGGUAUCGAUGAGUGUGCUAACAGGAUCAUAGCCAUGCUGCAGUCAGCUAAGGAUGACGCCGGUUUGCCGAAGGAUAAACCGUUGGAUUCUUUGGGACUUACCCUCUCUGGGUGCGAGCAAGAAAGCAGUAAUGCAGAGCUGGCUUCCCGUGUGAAGGAAAAGGAUGGCAAUAGUGCUAAAGCGAUUUAUGUGGCUUCGGAUACUGCCGGGUCGCUUUUCACUGGUGCCCCUGAUGGUGGAAUGGUGCUUAUUGCUGGUACAGGAUCUAACGCUCUCUUGAGGACUCCAGAUGGACAACAGCAUGGCUGCGGUGGAUGGGGAUAUCUAUUGGGAGAUGAAGGGAGCGCAUACUGGAUCGCACAUAAAGCAGUGAAAACAGUCUUCGAUGACGUUGACGGACUUCAGCCAGCCCCCCACCCAACAGACAGAGUUUGGGAAGUGAUAAGAGAACAUUUUGACGCAGACACGAGAGCAGACCUCCUGCCACACGCCUACAAACAUUUCGACAAGUCUAUGUUUGCUGGUGUAACAUCAAAACUAUCAGCCCUAGCAUACAAGGGCGAUGACCUCUCCCUCCACAUAUUCGCGUCAGCUGGCGCCGCACUAGCUUCGCACGCGGCCGCGCUCGCGACACGGUCGAGCGCGCCGCGACUGCGGGUCGUGUGCGUCGGGUCCGUUUGGAAGAGCUGGGAUAUACUCAAGCCAGGGGUUCUCAAACAGCUGGCUAAGAGACGGGUUACCACAGAGCUUGAAUUAGUAAGACUCCGCGUAUCAAGCGCAAUGGGAGCCGCCUGGCUCGCAGCAAAGCACGUUGACUACGAACUACCUCGAGACGAUUCCGCAUUCUGCACAGUUUUCUACACUUACCACCCGGAAAACAUGCUCAAUGGUAACGGGGAAAUUAAUGGCAAAACAUUCAAUGGGAAACUCAAUGGCAACGGAAUUGCCAAUGGUAAUAUCCACAAAAUCAACAAUCUGGCGGUCGCGGCCGGGGUGAUAGGUUAUUUCAGUUUGAAAGAGAGACUGGUGGCAGCGACUGUUGAUGAUGGUAAUAAUUUAAAAGGUAGAAGAGAACAGUUUAACUUUAUAGCUGAUGUGGUGGCCGUGUCGGCGCCUUCAGUGGUGUAUAUCGAGAUUAAAGACAGUCGGAGACUGGACCUGUUUUCUGGUCAACCAGUGACUUUGUCGAACGGUUCUGGGUUCAUAGUGAAGGAAGACGGGUUGAUAUUGACGAACGCUCACGUUGUGGUCAACAAGCCUAACGCUAUAGUGAAUGUACGGUUGAUGGAUGGUUCAAUUCACACAGGAUUCGUAGAAGAUGUAGAUCUAAAAUCAGACUUAGCAACCUUACGCAUCCCUGUAAAGGGCUUGCCAACUAUGAAACUAGGCUCUUCGGCAGAUAUCAAGCCCGGUGAAUGGGUAGUUGCCAUGGGCAGUCCUCUGGCUUUAAGUAACACAGUCACAGCUGGAGUAGUUAGUUCUACACAGAGAGCCAGUGAAGAGCUUGGUCUAAGAGGCAAAGACAUGGUAUACAUUCAGACAGAUGCACCUAUCACAUUCGGGAACAGCGGAGGGCCGUUAGUCAAUUUGGAUGGAGAGGCGAUAGGCAUCAACAGUAUGAAAGUCACAUCCGGUAUCUCCUUUGCUAUACCCAUAGAUUAUGUCAAGGAGUUUCUAGCUAAGAGGACGACGAAGUCUCCGCAAGUGUCGCGGCGGUACCUCGGCAUCACGAUGCUGUCGCUCACACCAAACAUACUCAUGGAACUGAGGAUGAGGAAUCCAGAGAUGCCUUCAGACAUAGAACAUGGAAUUUUAGUUUGGAAAGUAAUCAUUGGAUCACCAGCUUACAAUGGAGGCCUACAACCGGGAGACAUAGUGACAAGUAUAAACACGAAACCAGUACGGACAGCUAGCGACAUCUAUAUGUUACUUGAGAACACUAGCGGGGCGCUGCGUAUUGAUGUCGUGAGAGGGCGCCAGCGGAUCGCACUGACUGUCACGCCCGAGUUGCACUGAAGUAAUUAUUGUUUUAGUUUGGUUCAGUAGACUGGGGUUAGUUGGAAAAAUAGUGUAAAAAGUAAGACUUGGAAAAAUAAACUUCUAAAUUAUAUUUUGUCUCAUGUUAGGUAACUUUUAGGCGAUUUUUAACUUAAGUGACUGCAAAA